CCAUUAAACUCUUGUUGCUACUACUUUUGAUUUCGAUUUCUUUAUUUAAACAUGACGGUGUUUUGACGAUUUCUCCGCGUUUCCAGUUUCUCCGUUGCUUUCUUUUGUAUGAAAUCUUCUAUAUAUCCGGCGGAACAAUUUUCAGUCAUUAGACGACGGCGAUGAUUUAAUCCGGCGGUAUUGAAUUCACUGUAAGUCUAUUGAGAUUUAUAUGUUAAAUUUGGCAAAAUGUUCGACUAUGUAUCAAAGUCCCAAUAUGUUGGUGGCCACAGGGAGAAGUUUGCGAGGUUGGACGAUUUGGAUUCUAGGUCAUCAUCACCUGCCUCUUCAGUUGCAAUGAACAAAUGUGGGUUUGAGGGGAUAAGCCGUCCUGGUCGUGCACCUGCUACCUCCUCUAAAUCAUUUAAAAAUGGAAUUAGAAAGGGGUCAGAAGGACUUAAAUCUAUUGGUAGAUCACUUGGGUUUGGGGUUUCUCGGGCUGUGUUCCCUGAAGAUCUGAAGGUGUCAGAGAACAAGAUCUUGGACCCUCAAGAUAAAUUUCUACUCACAUGGAAUAAAUACUUUGUUGUCUCCUGUAUCUUGGCCGUGUCUAUAGAUCCACUGUUCUUCUAUCUUCCAGUCUUUGAUCAAUCAAAGAAGUGCCUUGGUAUAGAUCGAAAAUUAGCCAUCACAGCCACAACCCUCCGGACUGUUGUUGAUGCCUUCUAUCUUAUUCACAUGGCUCUUCAAUUCCGAACUGCUUACGUUGCCCCUUCAUCUCGGGUAUUUGGACGGGGUGAGCUUGUGAUAGAUCCUGCACAAAUUGCUAAGAGAUACCUGCGGUGGUACUUUAUCAUUGAUUUCCUUGCUGUGGUCCCCCUGCCCCAGAUUGUUGUUUGGAGAUUUCUGCAGAGGUCUAAUGGUUCAGAUGUAUUGGCUACAAAACAAGCCUUACUUAUUAUUGUGUUGCUUCAGUAUGUUCCCAGAUUUGUUCGAAUCGUGCCUUUGACAUCAGAACUUAAAAGGACUGCUGGUGUAAUUGCUGAAACCGCAUGGGCGGGUGCUGCUUACUAUCUGUUGCUGUACAUGCUUGCCAGUCACAUAGUUGGGGCCUUCUGGUAUUUGUUGUCUGUAGAACGUAAUGACACAUGCUGGCAGGGAGCUUGUAAAAAAAGCAAGCAUGAUACGCAUUUCUUAUACUGUGGAAAUGACCACAUGAAGGGUUAUGCUAGCUGGAGAAAUAUCAGUAGCUCUGUUUUAAAAGAGGCUUGCUCCCCAGAUGGGGAUAACCCACCGUUUGAUUUUGGGAUUUUCCAACAGGCUCUAUCAUCAGACAUUGUUUCAUCUACCAAGUUUGUUUCAAAGUAUUGCUACUGCCUGUGGUGGGGGCUACAGAAUUUGAGCACUCUUGGUCAGGGACUUCAAACCAGCACUUAUCCUGGAGAAUCUAUAUUUUCCAUUGCGCUAGCCAUAUUUGGGCUCAUUCUCUUUGCUCUGUUGAUUGGCAAUAUGCAGACGUAUCUUCAAUCUCUUACUAUCCGACUUGAAGAGAUGAGAGUUAAGAGGCGUGACUCAGAGCAGUGGAUGCAUCAUCGGUUACUUCCACAGGAUCUCCGGGAGCGUGUAAGACGCUACGAUCAGUACAAGUGGUUGGAAACUCGUGGAGUGGACGAGGAGAAUUUGGUUCAGAAUCUACCCAAGGAUCUGAGAAGGGACAUUAAGCGUCAUCUUUGUCUUGGUUUGGUCAAGAGGGUUCCCUUGUUCGAAAACAUGGACGAGAGGUUGCUUGAUGCUAUUUGUGAACGACUGAAACCUUGUUUAUACACCAAUAAUACGUACAUUGUCCGAGAAGGAGACCCUGUUGACGAAAUGCUCUUCAUCAUACGUGGUCGUCUCGAGAGUGCAACCACCGAUGGCGGCAGAAGCGGUUUUUUCAACAGCGGUUUUCUUAAAGAAGGAGACUUCUGUGGUGAGGAGCUUCUAACGUGGGCCCUCGACCCUAAAUCCGGCGCCAACCUGCCGUCUUCCACCAGAACUGUGAAGGCCUUGAGAGAGGUGGAGGCAUUUGCGUUACCCGCCGACGAAUUGAAAUUUGUUGCCGGUCAGUUCCGGCGUCUUCACAGUCGACAGGUACAACACACUUUCCGAUUUUACUCACAGCAGUGGCGGACAUGGGCGGCAUGCUUCAUUCAGGCGGCCUGGCGGAGAUAUUCCAAGAGGAAGAUUUUGGAGCAGCGGAGGAAGGAGGAAGAGGAGGAGGCGGAGUUAGCAGCACGCAACAACGCAGGCAGCGGCGGCAGUGGUGGUGGAGCUUCUUACAGCCUCGGGGCAACUUUCUUGGCAUCACGAUUUGCCGCCAACGCUCUGCGUGGCGUCCAUCGAAACCGGAACCUGAAGAGUGCUAGGGAGUUGAUGAAACUGCAAAAGCCUCCGGAACCAGAUUUCACUGCUGAUGCUGAUUAGAUGGAAAAGCAGAUCAUAAUAUAUAUUGCAUCGUGUGGUUGUACAUUAACAAGAAUUAUACGUAGACUUGGAAUGCUUUUAUGAGUUGUAAGGUACAACUACUCAAUGCAUCUAAGAAGCUGAAGGCCAUAUAUGUAGUUUUGUCAGUUAAUGGUACAAAAUCUGGUAACAGUUUUUAUAGGGUGAUUUAAAGAUACUUAUUUUGGU